AUGAAGUAUGCGCUGAUCAUUGAGUCUUCGGCUGGUCAUCACGUAAAUGGUGAACUGGUGUCCAGAAUAAAAGACAACGGUGUCAUCCUCAGGCUCCACUCAUUGACAACGGUAUUGAUACUGACGUUCACCAUAAUCAUCAGCAGCAAGCAAGUCGUGGGGAAUCCAAUAGAAUGCGUACACACGAGAGAAAUCCCCGUGGAGGCAUUCAACGCGUACUGUUGGAUACACAGUACUUAUUUCGUGACCGGGGCGAUGUUGGGCAUCACUGGGAGCAACGUCGCGGCGCGUGGUGUCGGGCCAUCCUCCGGGAAUCAUCGAUGGGAUCGAUUUAAUUGGCGGAAAAACGAUCCGACUGUUGAACGUGACACGACCAGGAGCGUGAAAUAUUACCAAUGGGUCGUCUUCGUCCUGAUAUUACAAGAGUCGGAAAACGGGAAGUGA